CAUACUCUGUUCCAAGUAACAGUGGUAUAAUCACUAGUAUAUACUACAAAAAUGGUCACAAUGACAAGGCGCCGGAUAGGCGCUCUUCUCGUCUGCGUCGGCCUCAUUAUCCUCUUCCUAUCGUUCCGGCAGAGCGAUCGAUCGUUCGAUGGCCUUGCGGGGGUCUCGUCCCAUCCACUCAGCCCAUCGCUCAAUCCUUCAUCGGCCAUGUCGGUAUCCACACCCCACAAUUGUUCCACUCCAUCCUUCCCCUUUGUGACUCCGUUUCGCACCAAGGGCAGACACAUCGUCGAUGCGCGGGAUGCCGUCGUGAAACUCAUCAGCGUGAACUGGUACGGGGCGAGCGAUGUGCGGUUCAUCCCGUCCGGCCUGGAGGUGCAACACCGCGACCAGAUCGCCGCUCUGGUCCGCGGGAUGGGAUUCAACAGCGUGCGUCUGCCGUAUGCAGAUGAAAUGGUUCGGGCAAACCCGGUGAUCGACCCUGCGCUGCUGGCCGCCAACAAGGAUCUCAUCGCCAAUAAGGGGGGGAGGAACGUGACUGCGCUCGACGUCUUCACCGCCGUCGUGGACAGCCUGACGGCGGCAGGGCUGAUGGUGAUUGUAAAUAACCACAUCACACAGGCGACGUGGUGCUGUGGUAUCAACCCCUGCGACGCACGCUGGUCGAACGACUGGCUGCCUGGAUUGUCGCAGUUCUGCCGCGUGCGGCAGACGGAGGAGGCGUGGAUCGAGAACUGGGAGACAAUCAUGCGGCCGUUAGUCAAUAACUCACUGGUGAUCGGGGCGGACCUGCGCAACGAGGUCCGCGGGCUCUGGGGCACGCUGCACUGGGGCGAGUGGGCAAGCGCCGCCGAACGCGCCGCCGAACGACUGCUGCACCUCCAGCCGGACUGGCUGAUGAUUGUGGAAGGGAUCUCAUCGGCGAACGACCUGUCCGGGGUAGCAACGCGGCCGGUGCAGCUCAGCGUCCCCGACCGGGUGGUGUAUUCGGCUCACGUGUAUGCAUGGUCGGGCUGGGGCACGCUGUACCCGUUCUCACGACGAACGUACGCUGAUUUCGCAGCGACGAUGCGGUCAAACUGGGCGUACCUGCUGGAACAGGAGGUCGCGCCCGUCUGGAUAGGCGAGUUCGGGACGACCGAGCAUCCAGAAGCAGGCGACGUGAACUAUUGGACAAACCUGCUGCGUUUCCUCGCUGAGGUGGACGCCAGCUGGGGAUACUGGGCGCUCAACGCCCGCAAGCCCGAGGGAGACGAGUGGGAGGCAUACGGACUGGUAGGCGAUGCGUGGGACGAGCAGUCGAUCCGGACGGAUUUUCGCCUGGGGGAUUUGGCGAGAAUCGGACUGGGUGAGCCGGACACUGUAUGCCUGAGGCAUUCAACUAGAUAAUACAGCACACCAGAGAAUAAAGCACAGGCUCAACCAGGCAGUCCCUAUUUGUCCACGCAGAGGCUGGUCAGGCCCUGCAGAAAGUAUCAAAACGGAAGGCACCGACAAUCGCCUGGACACUGCUGGCCCGUCAGCGACUCCAUGCGCAAUCAGGCCGGCUACUGAUUGGGCUGUGAGGGAUUAAGCUUGGGCCCUUGUGCUGCUGGUGGGGGGAGGUGGUCCACUCGUAGCACUGGCAGCCAAUCAUAAUUAUCGAUCGUCAUCAUAUCAGAGUCUCUAAAAUACUAGAUACCUCAGGCACCAACCUAAAUUACAGAGGUUAGGUACCUGUUACUAUUACUGUUAGUACCU